AUGUCGCGUGCUUACCACGUGUGCAAGAAGUGCGGGCCCAGCAGUUGGAUCUUUCAGGAUCGUGUUGGGUCGAACCCGUUUUGCCAGAAGUGUGGAUGUCAGUGGCCGAAGGCCACGCAGCAGAAACCGACUGCGGUUGCAGGGGCGGACUGGGCAAGCCGAAAUGAUCCGGUCCGUGUAUGGAAGAAUAAGGGCCCCAGGGCCGCUCCACAGAAGGGCCGGCCUGACGGCAAGAUCCAUCGUGCAUUGCACUCCCUCUGGGAGAAAUUUACGCCUGCAGUACAGCAAGGGCUUCUCGCAGCUGGCUGGAAGCCCAAGGAAGAGGACAAGCCUGAGCCCCCGCCGGGGCUUCCGCGUAAAAGCGUUGGGGGAGGCAUCGGCAAGGGCAAGGGCAAAGGUAAGCAGCAGGAGCAGCGUGAGGGUGAUGCUGCCCAGGCCUUGUGGACGUCUGCAAAUGCCGAUCAGAAAGCCCUCUUGCAGCAGCUGGGCUUCAAUGACCCCAGCCCGAGUGAGCCUGCAGACUUGAAGUCCUUGGUCAAAGCGCACAUGGAUCAGUUGCCUGAGUCCCUGAAGCAAGCGAUUGCCAGCCUGGAGCCUCAGACACCAGAGCAGGUGAUCACUGCGACCCGCAAGUUUAAGGCCAGCACUAAUGAGCUCCGUCAGCUCAUUCAAAAAUCUGCGGGCCUACAGGUUAAGAUAGACCGCGCCAAGUCUGCGUAUGCGGAUCUUUUAGAUCAGAUGAAAAGUGUUCAGGAGGAGCUUACGGACAAACAGAAUGAAGUGGCGGCCUUGCAAAAGGACCUUGAAUCCAGGGUCCAGUCUGCUCCUGAGCCGUCAGCCCUGCCAUGCAAAGAGGCCGUCCUGCGGGCGCUUCAGCAGUGUGGCAUCAACUUGAGUAGUGAGCAACAGGCCCUUCUUGACUGCAAUGCCAUGGAAGUUGAAGAGGCGAAGGAGGAGACGCAGCAGGAACAACCUGGCGCCCCGAAGCCAGCCCAGGUGACCCCACAGCAGGGCUCUCAGCCCCCAGAGCAAAGCGGUGCUGCUGGAAGGCAGGAAGGCGGUCGUGAUGAGAAGCCUCGCUCGCGCAGUCGGGGCCGAACUCAGGGUUAG